AUGGCAAUCGCACCAACAGCAAAUGGAGAUCGAGACACGCUCAACACGGUGGCUGUUGUGCCUGUUGACAUUGAGCAAUCUACAACGACAAGUCGAGGCACUUCUGCUUCCUCCUCUAUCUCGACAGUAGCUACGGCUCGCUCCUUGGCCGCGGCAGCAUCAAAUUUGAUCACUGCCAUCGCACAAGGUUCUAACAGCAUCGACACGCUGAGAAGCAUAGAUCAAGAUGCUCAAUCAGACGCCGGUAGUGAACAAGGCUCGAGCUCAUUCACCUACACUGCUCCUGCCAGAUCUGCUACCGACAUUGAACAGCAAGGCUGGUAUACGUCGCUUCCCUACCACAUCUCAAAUCGAUACUAUGAUGCAGACGUAGCGCUCAAAGCAACCAAGGAAGCACUUUGCAUGUCCAACAGAAUCGUCGAACCGAGCCAAGGCACUGUCCUUUCGCAGGCAUACCCUGCCUAUCUCGUAGUCGUUGAUCGAAGCCGCAGCUUGGAAUACCAUCGUGUUCUGGCGGCAAGCUUGGAGUCUACGGUGGCAUCGGGCUUCGAUACGGAUAUCAGCAUCGUCGCUGGUGUAUCUCUCAUCACUUCGUCUCACCCACAGCUUGUGACUGCGCUAGAGGAUGGUCCUGCGAGCUAUUCGUUGCAUCGUCCACAGACAUCACAGGCGAGCACAAUGGCCCGAUCGAGUGACCUUGUUGCGCUCUACGCGGAUCAUGGCUGGGAAUUCAUCCCGAUCGACGAGCUCGAAGCGAACGACUCCGAAGGCGCGCAAAGCCUGGAUGCCAAUGACGCCGAAAGCGUCUACGACACGGAUCGAGACGACGACAAGGACGGUAUCGAGCGCAUACGCGAGGCGCUCAUGAAUCACAUGUGGAACGGCCUUAUACGUAAGGAUCAAACUGCAUCUCUGUCAAACCGGAAUGCUUCACUCGAAACGGGUCCAGCCCUCUUCGCCAGCAGUGAUGCGCACCCGAGCUUCUCAGAUAGCGCUGUCGGAAGGUUUAAAGGCGACGAGGAGGAUACAGAUCCAGCCGAGGCGAUACAAGACAGUGCCGAAAGUGCUCUCGAGCCUUCCUCUUUGCGUCACCACUUGGCAACUAUUGGCGACUCCUUCAGCGAUAAUACUGGCUUUCCUAUGCUGGAUUCGAACGCCCAUGCCGAUGCAAGCGAUCUCGACGAGCAACUGGCCAAGCUGUUCCUCUCGGCGAAUGACGGCGCCCGAGCGGCUGACCUUGCACAACUCGAAGCGUUUCUCGAGUCACAAGAUCCGUCAUGGCCAGCUUCAACACCCCCGCCCAAGUCGGCUGCUGACCCCGAAAGCGCCGAUGCAAGAUUUGACGACGACUUUGACGACUUUCUUCCAUUCCAGUCCGCUCUAAGCGACGCUACUCAAUCGACAUCGCAAAACGCCAGCGCCGAUGUCGACGACCUUCCAACAAUGGACGACAUCUCACAGAUGCAGAACCACCUGUUUGGCGGACUUGCAGCAGCUCGAAUCGAGGCGAAUCCACCUGGAGCAGCAACUCGGUCGAACAGCACAUAUGGAGAUCUCGCCUCACAACUCCAACAGUUGCAGAUGCACGCACAGAGAGUGCGAAAUAUUACAGACGCUGAUCAGAGGAGGAAAGAGGCAGCGCUCGUAGCUCUCGCUUUUAGCAUGCAGUGGUCCAACACGGACGAGGAUCAAGUUGGCAGUGAUGCCGAUGUCAUCGCCUUCUAG